AUGACCCUGAUGAAUACUCUGAAUAAGGACAAGUAUAACUUCAACUGCAACCGCUGGCUGGAUGCCAACGAGGAUGACAAUGAGAUUGUGAGGGAAAUGACUGCAGAAGGCCCAACGGUGCGGAGGAUAAUGAGCAUGGCCCGGUACCGUGUGACCAUAUGCACAGGGGAACUUGAAGGUGCGGGGACCGAUGCCAACGUCUAUCUCUGCCUUUUUGGUGACGUGGGGGACACAGGGGAGCGGCUACUCUACAACUGCAGGAAUAACACUGACCUAUUUGAAAAGGGAAAUGCCGACGAGUUCACCAUCGAGUCGGUCACCAUGAGGAAGGUGAGAAGGGUAAGGAUCCGGCACGAUGGCAAAGGCUCAGGCAGCGGCUGGUACCUGGACCGAGUGCUGGUGAGGGAGGAGGGGCAGCCCGAAAGCGACAACGUGGAGUUCCCGUGUCUCAGGUGGUUGGACAAGGACAAGGACGAUGGGCAGCUAGUUCGAGAGUUGCUGCCCAGUGAUAGCAACGCAACACUGAAGAACUUUCGCUAUCACAUCAGUUUGAAGACAGGGGAUGUCCCUGGAGCCAGCACGGAUUCUAGAGUCUACAUCAAGCUCUAUGGAGACAAAUCCGACACCAUCAAGCAAGUUCUUCUCGUCUCUGACAACAACCUCAAAGACUACUUUGAACGUGGCCGGGUGGAUGAGUUCACCCUGGAGACCCUGAACAUUGGGACUAUCAACAGGCUGGUGAUCGGGCACGACAGCACAGGCAUGCACGCGAGCUGGUUUCUGGGCAGUGUCCAGAUCCGAGUGCCCCGCCAGGGCAAGCAGUAUACUUUCCCUGCCAACCGCUGGCUGGACAAGAACCAAGCCGAUGGGCGCCUGGAGGUGGAGCUCUAUCCCAGCGAGGUCAUGGAGAUCCAGAAAUUGGUCCACUAUGAGGUUGAGAUUUGGACAGGGGAUGUGGGUGGUGCAGGCACCACUGCCCGUGUCUACAUGCAGAUCUACGGUGAGCAAGGCAAGACAGAAGUGCUCUUCCUCUCCAGCCGCUCCAAAGUUUUUGACCGGGCAUCCAAGGACACAUUCCAGCUGGAGGCGGCCGACGUAGGUGAGAUCUACAAGAUUCGGCUCGGGCACACGGGCGAGGGCUUCGGGCCCAGCUGGUUCGUGGACACCGUGUGGCUGCGGCAGCUAGUGGUGCAGGAGGUGGAGCUCACACCCGAAGAGGAGGCCCGCAAGAAGAAGGAGAAGGACAAGCUGCGGCAGCUGCUGAGGAAGGAGCGGCUGAAGGCCAAGCUGCAGAGGAAGAAGAAGAGCAGGAAGGGCAGCGACCAGGAGGACGAGGGGGAGGGGGAGGAGGAGUCCUCAUCAGAAGAGUCCUCCUCAGAAGAGGAGGAGGAGGAGACCGAGGAGGAGGAGGAAGAGGAGGAGUUUGGGCCCGGGAUGCAGGAGGUGAUUGAGCAGUACAAGUUUGAAGCCCACCGCUGGCUGGCCCGGGGCAAGGAGGACAAUGAACUUGUCGUGGAGCUGGUGCCGGCUGGCCAGCCGGGUCCUGAGCCCAACACCUAUGAGGUCCAGGUGAUCACUGGGAACGUGCCCAAGGCUGGCACUGACGCUAACGUCUACCUGACCAUCUAUGGCGAGGAGUAUGGAGACACGGGUGAACGGCCCCUGAAGAAGUCAGACAAAUCCAACAAGUUCGAGCAGGGGCAGACAGACACCUUCACCAUCUAUGCCAUUGACCUGGGGCCUCUGGCCAAGAUUCGGAUUCGCCAUGACAACUCAGGCAACAGAGCAGGCUGGUUUCUGGACCGAAUAGACAUCACCGACAUGAACAAUGAGACCACGUAUUACUUUCCAUGCCAACGCUGGCUGGCUGUGGAGGAGGAUGAUGGGCAGCUGUCCAGGGAGCUACUGCCAGUGGACGAGUCGUAUGUGCUGCCACCAAGCGCAGAUGAGGAGGGUGGCGGUGGUGACAACAACCCCCUCGACAACCUGGCCCUUGAGCAGAAAGGUUUCCUAAACUAG